UAAAGAUGACAUUAAAAUCCAAUAAAAACGAACCCGCUGUUAUACUUGAGCGGGUCAACAGUUCUCGAACAGCCCUCUCCGACCUGUACCUGGAGCAGCUGCUUCAAAACAAACCAAAGCCUGAAAAGGUAAGCGGUUUACAAUACAUUCAUACGAUUGCCAUAACAUUAUAAUGAUAGAAAAUAUGUCUUAAUCAGAUAAGCAGGAGGCCUAUACGUCUGUCUGGUAGGCUAUAGCCUACAUACAUUCCUUGGUGAUGUUGUAAAAGCUAUGCAGAUGUGUCUGUCAACUUCAUUGCAGGAGUCCAAGAAGCAGGGGUAUUAAUGCGCUGGUCAGCGCUGGUACAAUCCGGUUUAAGACGAUCAUCUUGGUGUUCAUGUGCUUUUUGUGUUUUUCAUACAUUAUUAUACAUAUUAUUUUAUAUUAUAUUUAUAUAUUAUUAAUAUAUACAUGAUUAAAUAUAGGUUUUUCUUAUUUGUAAAUAGUUUAACAUGAUGACCACACAGUCCUUUUAUGUCAUAUAGGCUAUCAUGAUCAGAGCUUCAGUCUACGUCACUCCAAGACAUUACUGCGUCAUGAAAGUUCAGUGCUUGUCAAAUCCUGUCUUAGUUUGUUCCAGACAAGUAAUAAGCAAGAUUCAGUUCUGCUAUUUAUCUCACAAGGAACAGAAACAUGAGGUAAAUGUAAAUGUAAAUGUAAACCACAUACCAGGCAGAAGGGGUGCGUUUAGACAGGCAGCCCAAUUCUGAUACUUUUGACCAAUCAGAUCAGCUCUGAAAAAGACCUGAUGCGAAAAGAUGUGCUGUGAAUGGUCAAAAUACCAAUUAGUGGAAAGAAGAUCAGAAUUGGGAUACCUGCUAAAUAUGUGUAUGAGACCAAUAAAAUGUGAUUUGAUUUGAUUUGUCUAAACACAGCCAUAGCUGAAUCAGGUUAACUGUUUCACGGCAAUAGCGGGAAAUAGGCCUACAUGUGAUGUCUACAUAAUGGAUAGUUGUCUUUUUCAGAAGAGGUGACUGACAUUGGGACUAAUAGCCAGCAUAGGCCUACUAGGAUACUGUAGUUUUUAACACUACUUUUAACUCGUGACUUUUGUUUAGACAUGUGGUGACCAUGUACAGCAUCUGAAUUCUACAAUGUGUUAUGCUCCAGUUAUAAGAUUCAACAGUGCCGUUUCUAGGCAUAAGCAAUAUAAGUGGCUGCUUAGGGCCCCACAGCCGCUAGGGGGCCGCCAGGAAGUCAGUCGGGGUCUCAACUUACUGUUAGUUAGGAUAGUAGAAUACACAACUGGCGCAUUUCCAUUGAGGAUUUACCCCAGUGUUUUACCCAAAAUACUUUUCUGUUUCCAUUUACGCGGGCCGGCACCCGUGUCUCACUGGGCCAUGGCUCCGGCGGACCUGCCUUAACUUGGAACCAAGGCAAGGCCCUGGGUACUUUUCAGCUUUCAUUUACAUAACAAUGGAUAACUGUGAACUUUAAAGUAAAAGUCCAGUAUUUCCAGAUUUCUAUGAAAUAUGACCUAUAAUUCAUUACAAUAUGAGUGAAAUCGUUUUCCUUCCAAAAAAUGGUAAUUAAGUAUGUUAAAAAGCUGCUUUUCUGUGUUGGAAUGGUGUGGGCGUACCCCAACAACAGAAUGGUGUGGGCGUAUACCGGUCAUGAAAAAUAUUAACGCGAGUAGACCGCUGCCAUCCAGGACCUCUAUACCAGGCGGUGUCAGAGGAAGGCCCUCAAAAUUGUCAAAGACUCCAGCCACCCUAGUCAUAGACUGUUCUCUCUGCUACCGCACGGCAAGCGGUACCGGAGUGCCAAGUCUAGGUCCAAAAUACUUCUCAACAGCUUCUACCCCCAAGCCAUAAGACUCCUGAACAGCUAAUCAUGGCUACCCGGACUAUUUGCACUGCCCCCCACCCCAUCCUUUUUACGCUGCUGCUACUCUGUUAACUAUUUAUGCAUAGUCACUUUAACUCUACCCACAUGUACAUAUUACUUAAACUACCUCAACUAGCCGGUGCCCCCGCACAUUGACUCUGCACCGGUACCCCCCUGUAUAUAUAGCCUCCCUACUGUUAUUUUAUUUUACUUCUGCUCUUUUUUUUCUCAACACUUUUUUUGUUGUUGUUUUAUUUUUACUUUUUUUGUUAAAAAUAAAUGCACUGUUGGUUAAGGGCUGUAUGUAAGCAUUUCACUGUAAUGUCUGCACCUGUUGUAUUCGGCGCAUGUGACCAAUAACAUUUGAUUUGAUUUGAUUUGAUUUGAUUGGCCAGCUCAUCUUCCUCAGAAAGAUGACAUCAUCCUCUAUGAGGAAAUAGCAAGUAUUUUUAAAUGUCUAUUUGAGAUACAAGUUUGAGGUGGGGGUUUUUAAGUGUUUUUUUUCUCCAAUUUAUUGGGUAUGAGUUAACAGAAUAUGAACAUUUAAAAGUGAGAUUUUCACUGAACAGUUACUGUAACACCUUUUCACAAAGCAACAGUCUUGAAAGAUGCAGAGGUUGUUGAUUCUGCUCGCCAUAGGCCUUAAAGUGGAACUGACAACAUUUUAACUACUUUUCAAAUAUGAAACAAACAGACAAUCAUAAUAUCAGUAAAAAAUAUCAAAUUCCUAGUUUAUGCUACAAAACCAACUUUAUAAGAGGUUUUAAAAAUAGGUUCUAUUUGACUCAAAAUUCCAUGACAGACAGUAAGGCAUUGUUGGCAGAAUAGAUGGAUGCACUUCAAUGCAUGAUUAAUAUAAUUCACCAAUACAUUUCUUGGUAGUCCAAAAAAUAUUGCUAGCAGGUUGUAAAUCACAGUUAGCCUGGUAAAUUGUUUGCUGCCUCCACCCAUUCAGGAUGCACUGUUUCAGUUUCAAUGACUCAAUAUUUUUAACAAAAACGGACUACUGUAACUUAGGCUGGGAAUGUCAAUACAAUCCAACUAGCAAGGGCAAUGAUCACAAGCCACUCAUAACGUGGCUAAUAGGCUAGCGCACGUGUCAAACACAAGGCGUGACACAUUUCUAUCCGGCCCACGCAAUGAUUUGGGUUGUCAAUUCAUUUCGGACCGCUAUCAUAGCGCCCGCGAUGCGCUGCACUACAAGUCACAAGCGAGUAUAAAUGAGUCAACAGAGUCAUCUACUUUAUGAAAUUACAGCCUGAUACGCUCGCAUCAGUGAAUUCAACUUCAAUUGCGCUGCUUUUGUGUGUCCCGUUUACAGCGCACAGCAGAGGGAAAGUGCAGUCUGGCUUCGGUUUUUAAAACCGGUGAUCCAUGCAGUGCAAAAUAAUGUUAAACAUGUUUUAAGUUUAAAUGUUACAACAACCUAUAGAUAUGUUUUUUGUUAUUUGGAGUUAUUAAAUACUUUUUGAUUAGGGUCGCAGCAUAUUAUGCACAUCUGCAUGCAUAGCAGCAAAGGCUGGACCAAUAUAAUGUAUCACUUCUAUUGUUUUAAUAUGUUAAAAGGCUAUAUACAGCAUCCUAUGUACACAAGUGGACAUUAGAAAGGCUAUAUUUUCUCUAAUAAAACAAUGGCCAGUUUGGGUCGCAGUUGCACAUUUUUUGGUUAAAACAAAUAGGCUAUGUCUGGCCCGUAAAUUCGUUGUCUUUUUUCAGUAUGACCCGUGCGCUGACACCCCUGGGCAAGCGUAUCUACUUAUGUAGCUAUUUAUUUAGCAAGCUAAAAACACGGAGCCUAAUGUUAGCUAGCUAGCUAGUUGCUGGGAGGAUGUAAUGCCAUUGGAGGAGUGGGUGAGUGACUGACUUUUUCCCCUUAUAUCGUUUUUCGGUGGAUACAGCUAGAGAUGCAAGUGUCAUUUGGUUAGCUAGCAAGAAAUGUGAAUCGCUUUGCUAGCUAGCUAGCUAGCUAUGCUGAACUAUUAGGUUUUAUUUACUGCAGUGCCUAUUAAUUGUCCAAACGCACGGCCGCUUUCCCACUCUAUAUUGCUAUAGAAUUUCCACAAAUGUCUUACCAUACGUCAUUCCCAAACAUUCUGUGAAUUUAUGAAAACGUGAAAAUGACCAUAUCUUAAGUUCUCGCUUGUCAGAAAAUGGGAAAAAAAGGUGUCAUAUUCUUCCUGGGGGUGUAUAUGAACACAUUUUAAUAAGAUUUCAUGUUGAUAAAAUGCUGUCAGUUCCACUUUAAGUGUCACACUCCUGAUGGAAACACAACAACACUAGACCUUACACACAUUAACAUAAAACACUGGCGGCCAACUAGGCUGGGGGUAAAUCUCAAUGGAAAUGCACCAAAUGUGUAAGUUUUCAUCUUGUUAUAUCAGUCACCUGACAGUCACUCAAUUAGCCCAUGUCAGCUAACAUUUUAUAGAUUGCUAGGUAAGUUAGUUUAGCCAGCUAUCUAAACCUUAGUAAUCAUGGCCAAAUUAAUGACCAGGCACUUGUGUGCCCAAGGGCUCUGACCUCCAGGCGGCCCCCAUUGAUUUUUCUCACGCAGAUAUCACAUGAACAUGGCAUGAGUCAUGGCAAAAUGUGUACAAUUGCAAGCAAUUCAUUUUAAAACUGCAAAAUGUUCUCUCCAUCCCAUGGUAAAAUGCAUAGAACUGCAGGAAAUUUGCUUUAAAACUGCUAAAUGUUCUCUCCAGCCCAUGGCAAAAGGUGUAGAACUGCAGGAAAUUUGCUUUAAAACUGCUAAAUGUUCUCUCCAGCCCAUGGCAAAAGGUGUAGAACUGCAGGAAAUUAGCUUUAAAACUGCAAGGUUUUUGCUCCGCCACAUGGCAAAAUGAGUAGAAUCUCAUGAAAUGUAUUUUAAAAUUGCUACAUUUUCUCUCCUCCGCCAAGAGGGGGGCGACUAAAAUGUUUAGACCGUGAGGGGGCCCCCCAACCAAAUCUCGCUUAGGGCCCCCAAAAUGAUAGAAACGUUCCUGAGCGUCAAUAACGUCAAGGGAUGUUUUCCAAACAGACAGCUGCUCUGGAUGUUUUAAUACAUCUGUCUUCUUAAUUAUUUGUGAAAGACUUCCACGUGUCAAGUAAGGGUCUUACAGUAGUAGUAUGCUCCCAUUCCAAUCACACAUUUCACUGUGGACUUUUGACCCCACAGGUGAGGGCUUAAUGUUAUCAGCCUCUUGAUGAGGCACUACUAUAGUAGACCGUUAAUCCCCUCAGUCCCAUUGGUCCCCUAGAUGAGGAUGACAUUCCCAGGUCCUUGUCUUUGUUUGCUUGCUUGGGAAACAUGCAGAGCCAGGUGUACCUAUUAGAUGCAAGCAGGAGGUUAACGAACAAGGCCCCUCUUGUUCUUUGUCUGUCUCAAGGGGGGAUUUCUUGGUAUGUGAUGAUUGGACAAUAGGCCUGGCCAGGGUCAGAGGAUUAAGGCUAAGGUGCACAGUAGGGCCUCUACUGCCUGGAGUUUGAGGGGAUUUACUUGAGGAAUGGGUCACCCAUAGAAUUAGGAAUCAGAAUACUAGAAUGGACAUUAACCUUCUUAUGAUGGUCUUAAAGGUCAGCCAUUUUGGUAAGGGAGUUGGACAACCAUGGUUUGCUGGUGCUGUGAUAAGAUAUUGUGCAAAACAAUGAAUUUGAAGAUUAUCUGCUCUGAAUGUUUGUUAGCUACAGUGAGGGAAAAAAGUAUUUGAUCCCCUGCUGAUUUUGUACGUUUGCCCACUGACAAAGACAUGAUCAGUCUAUAAUUUGAAUGGUAGGUUUAUUUGAACAGUGAGAGACAGAAUAACAACAACAAAAUCCAGAAAUACGCAUGUCAAAAAUGUUAGAAAUUGAUUUGCUUUUUAAUGAGGGAAAUAAAUAUUUGACCCCUCUGCAAAACAUGACUUAGUACUUGGUGGCAAAACCCUUAUUGGCAAUCACAGAGGUCAGACGUUUCUUGUAGUUGGACACCAGGUUUGCACACAUCUCAGGAGGGAUUUUGUCCCACUCCUCUUUGCAGAUCUUCUCCAAGUCAUUAAGGUUUCGAGCCUGACGUUUGGCAACUCGAACCUUCAGCUCCUCCCAAAGCAUAAUGUUUCCACCUCCAUGUUUGACGGUGGGGAUGGUGUUCUUGGGGUCAUAGGCAGCAUUCCUCCUCCUCCAAACACGGCGAGUUGAGUUGAUGCCAAAGAGCUCCAUUUUGGUCUCAUCUGACCACAACACUUUCACCCAGUUCUCCUCUGAAUCAUUCAGAUGUUCAUUGGCAAACUUCAGACGGGCAUGUAUAUGUGCUUUCUUGAGCAGGGGGACCUUGCGGGCGCUGCAGGAUUUCAGUCCUUCACGGCGUAGUGUGUUACCAAUUGUUUUCUUGGUGACUAUGGUCCCAGCUGCCUUGAGAUCAUUGACAAGAUCCUCCCGUGUAGUUCUGGGCUGAUUCCUCACCGUUCUCAUGAUCAUUGCAACUCCACGAGGUGAGAUCUUGCAUGGAGCCCCAGGCCGAGGGAGAUUGACAGUUAUUUUGUGUUUCGUCUAUUUGCGAAUAAUCGCACCAACUGUUGUCACCUUCUCACCAAGCUGCUUGGCGAUGGUCUUGUAGCCCAUUCCAGCCUUCUGUGGACAGGUCUCUUUUAUACAGGUAACAAACUGAGAUUAGGAGCACUCCCUUUAAGAGUGUGCUCCUAAUCUCAGCUCGUUACCUGUAUAAAAGACACCUGGGAGCCAGAAAUCUUUCUGAUUGAGAGGGGGUCAAAUACUUAUUUCCCUCAUUAAAAUGUAAAUCAAUUUAUAUCAUUUUUGACAUGCGUUUUUCUGGAUUUUUUUGUUGUUAUUCUGUCUCUCACUGUUCAAAUAAACCUACCAUUAAAAUUAUAGACUCAUAAUUUCUUUGUCAGUGGGCAAAUGUACAAAAUCAGCAGGGGAUUAAAUACUUUUUUCCCUCACUGUAGCUAUAGCCACACAGUUUUAGAUGAAUGAUUCAAAUUAACUGCCAAUAUGCCAACAUUCCAUUUAAACAAUGCAGUCAAUCCACAGCCCUACACUGUCUGAAAUCGGUUGAUGAUAGGAUUUAGACAACUUGUAAAUGCAAGUACUGACAUUGUAUCAUAUGAUAACACUCACAGCUUUCCAAGAAAACAAAAAUGUAGACGUUUAUGGUCUGUUUGCAUAUAUAUAUUAGAGGCUAUUUAUACAGAUAGUUUGUAUAAAACCCGUAUGAACUUUAUUUAUAAUUAUACAACAAUAUUUGGGGGUGACAAUAUUUUCUAUUACACCAUUUCUGUUACAUCACAUGCCUUACUUUUAUGUUACUGCAUAAGUAAAAGCAGGAAAUGCAUCACCUAUGCCUCUACUGCCAUUCAUUCCAAUUAGACUGGUUUUGGAUUUCUCCCUGACUGAUGGCUGCCAUUAUCACCCCAUUCUGGAACUUUGAGGGAUUAUGACAUAGCCCCUCUAGUAAUUUAAUAGGAUCUCUAUGGGGUCACCCCUCUAUUGAAGUGGAAUGACGGGUUAAAAUACUCUGCUUGAUCAGGGAAGAAGGAGCUAAUGAGUGAUACAGUAAGCCAGGCAAUCAAGUUUGAAAGAAGUCAUGACACUUCCAACAAGGACUUUGAAGUAGCAACUUUGGCAUGGUUAAACGUUGAGAGCUGAGAGGGGAAGCCUUGCAUGGAGACUAUUUCCCUGACAUCAGCAACAGGUGUAACUACCUGGUGCAGCAGUACCUCAGGGAGAAGCUGAAAUGUGAAAUCAUCAUCUAUUGUCAGAUCUGGACUUUCACCAAGUCAGGAUCACAUCUGCUUUGAAGAGGCAAACGAAUAUCUUAUCUUAGGAAUAUCAUAGAGAUGAGUGCUGGUGUCUCGUUCUUUGUGUGUGUAUGUGUGUGUGUGUGUGUGUGUAUGUGUCCAACAUUGACUUUACCUUUCCAUCUUUUUGAUGCUUGCCUGGACUGCAAGUGUGUAUUUUGCGAAAAACUACUCAACCAGAUCGAUUAGAGUGCAGUAUGUUUGUAUUUGCUUGUGUGUGAAUAAGGCUUCCUGUGUGUGAUAGCUGCCUGGAGUGUGCAGACUCAGCCUGCUCCUGCCUGCCACAUAAGCUGAGUCAUGUUUCACUGGACACUAGCCUAAUCUUCCAGGCUAAAGAACUGCAGCUUUCUAUAAAUAGACACACAGCCAUGUCUGCCUAAUGCACAAUGUCUCCCAUCCUAAACCCACAUAUCAUCGGUGCAGUUAAAAAAGGGACAGACAGACACUAGAACAUUGCGGAUGUGCUUGUGUUAUGUUCCAUGCUCUCAUCCUCUCAUUGAACCCAAAAACAUGUCCUCAUGAAUAACGUUGCGCUCCUUUUUAUAUCAAGCUUACUUGAAAUUAUGGUACCUGUUUGCUGGUUGUGUAAUUACAAAAUGGUUAACUGUGUAUUCUACAUACUAAGUACUAUGUAACAAUGAGUACCAACCACACCACUUUACACUGUACCUGUAGUUGUAAUUACAAUAUAAAUACAUACUGUAUGGGUUAGCAACACUUAUUGUGAAGUGGGACUCAUCCAACAUGUGCUUGACUAAACAAAAUGCCUACAACUGAAUAUGUGAGUGUAGGCAGAAGCUUGUCUGAUAUUUUCUUCUAUAUUUUGAAUGCCAUUUAUUGUAGCAUUUAUGUUAAGAUAUAGGGAGGGGCUCACAGAUAUUUACUGCAUUAGGCUGUGUUUACACAGGCAGCCCAAUUCUGAUCCUUUGCCCAAUUAUUGGCCAAAGAGCUGAUCUGAUUGGUCAAAAGACCAAUUAGUGGCAAAAUAUCCUAAUUGUGCUGCCUUUGUAAACGCAGCUUUACCGCUGUGGCCCUGCAAGGUCUUGUGGAUCAAUAGUUCUCAGCCUAUUGGCUGGAAUUCUACCCUAACCUAACCCUGGUAUGUGUGGGAGGGUUUGAUUAUAGAGACAUUAGAUCCAGUUGGUACCUUGAACUGUUUGUCUAGCAAUUUUGUGUUGUUGCUGUUUCACUGGAACACUUUGUCUUUCAAAUCGCGUUUUCACAGCCAUAUUCACAGCACCCAGUGUAAAUCCUCCUGUUAAUUUCUUAUCUAAAAGAAUAGAAGAAUAUCCUACAUUCCAACAUAACAGAUGAAUGUUAUCAACACUGGAUUAGGUGAUGGGAACCACAGAUGAAUGAAAGAGCACACAACACUGAGCCCUAUAGCUGUGUUGUAAUGUUGAUUCAAAACAUGGCCCUUAGUCUCUGUUGUUUUUGACACUACUCCCCUCCCCACUUCAAUUAUGAUUAUGUUUUAACCUUUAUUUUAUCAGGGAGUCAUAAAUAGUCAUCAAUAACCAAGCUUCCAUCACUGGUGGAUGACUACAACUCCCAGAGGCCUGCUGUUCACACACUGAGGUCAGGGGUCAACACCAAUGACAACUAGGAAAUCACAUGUACAAAAGACCCCAAGGCUUCAAGACCAGCUUGUUUUUCUUUGACUCUGAGACCCUCCCCCAACCCACCUCGUAAUCUGACACUGCUCAGUGCAGUGGAAGUAGGAAGCCACAGAAGAACAUAGUGUUUUUCUUCUGGGAGACUGGGAAUGCCAAGGAGCUCCACAGUUGAAUCCACCCUGGCACUUUGGAGCAUGAAGUUUUUUUUUUAGAUAGGGUAUCAUUCGGUAUUCCUGAAUCCUGUUGACUAGUUCAGCAUUAUGAGAUAAAGAAGAUGAUUGAGAAUACUUACUCUGCUAAAGCGACAUUGGGAGGGAUUAUACCAUGAGCGGCUGUAAUCUUUUAAUAAUGCUAUAGUUAAACGGUGUUACUUGUUGAGGAGGAUUACCCACUUUGUUUACUGUCAAACUGAUAAUAUCUACAGUGGGUGCUUACCUAAUUUGACUGUAACAGCAUAACAAGUUUUGUAUUUCACAUGACAUAGUAACAGGACUCUUUUGGACAAAGGCACUAUGUGUCCAUGUUACGAGAUAUGGUGAAGGUAAUUUGUUAUUUUGAGAUAACAGAAGAGACUUUAGCUGUAACUGGACUGUUGAUAGCUCACUUGGCAAACUAACUUUCAAACUGUAUUGGGUAUUAAAUGGCUGUCAGCUCUACUUUUUCUGUCUCACUUUAGACCAGGGGUGUCAAACUAAUUUUGCCCCGGGGGCCGCAUUCGGUCUUCAACCUGGUCCGGAGGGCCGCACUGAAACUCAGCAAAUGAUAGUCAUUUUAAAGUAUACUGAGUUAUAUAUAUAAUAUAUAUUUUUUUUUUUACUCAAACCACCUGCAAGCCGUAUGUUUGACACCUUGGCUUUAGACCCACACCUUUUUCAUUCCUGGCUGUAACUAUGGAAAUGGAUCUUGUAAAAAUCCCUGGUUUCCCUUUUCGAGAAGUUCCAAAAAAAGCUUCAGGAAAACUAAAGCUCAUCAAUUAUACAAAGCUGACCUUAAAAUCACAGCCCAGUAGGCAGACAGUUCAUCAAGGUCGGCUGGUAACAGUGGGAACCAAGUAUGCCCGGGUCAUCAUUCACACAAAAAUGGAAAGUCUACGUUUUUCAACUUUGUAGUAAGCUUGUUCAAGAAAUGCAAGUGCUGUGUGUUCUUCAGCUGACCUCAGCUGUUUUCUGCUAUUAAAGAUAUUAAUUAUCCAGAUGAUACCAGUUACCCUUUAGACCAAAGUCUGGCAGUUUCCUUUGGACAUGUGACUUCCUUUGCAGUCCAACCAGGGUCAGCACGUUUUAGGGGGAUUUAAGGCUGGGUGAGCCUGUCUCUUUAUGACUUAGUCCUGUGUGCUGAACAAUAUGAUUAGUGAACUUCAACCUUUUUGUUUGUAUGAUGAUGAAACUGUUGUGAUGUGUCCCCUACCAGUUUCUUUCAAAACAGGCCACGACAGGUCCGUCUUGGUAAACAUGCAGCAUACUGCACUCUAUGGCCCUAUGGGGAUGUUAUAAUAGUGUUUACCUUGGAUCCAGUCUGAAGAGUGUUCCACUACAUGUGUUAUGACAGAGACUAUUUCUACACUCCUGGUACUGGUCUCCUGUAAAUAUCUGUAUUAUGUUGCAGAGUAAACAACUUGUUUACUCACAUUGACCACAAGACACCUCUAGGCUUUUACUAGAACACUGCAGACUAGUCCACAUGGUGUUGAAACCUUGUUGUGUUCCACCUCAGAUACACAGACACGCCGUAGGGAAUGUAUCCCCCGUAGGGAAGAGGAAUCUCCCAUGCACUCUGCAUGAUUAGGCCCCCUCACUCCCCAUGGCCAGUGGCUGCUGCAGCUGCACCAAACAGGGCACAUAAUCUUAACAUCUGUCUUUGGUCAUUUUUGUUUUCACUGUUGUUUUAACAUUAAAGUCUAUUCACAUGUUGGAAAGAAUCCACAGCCUAUUGUGGUUUGUGUUGAAAGGAAAAUGGCCUCUGUCAAGCUUUGACAGUAUCCUUUUGUCAUUCUCAGUCAGGGGAGGUAUGGUCAGGAUCAGGGUUAAUUUUUCCUACCUCAGCAUUUUUCUCAAGGCUCCCCACAACCAGUUUUUUUCACAAUAGAGCCUGGGCUUGUCCAUAUUGAGAUAGUGUACAGAGUGUACACAGCUCCUCUUUAAAGGGGGAAAACAGACAAACAUCAAACUGGUUGUUCCUGAAAUGUUUUUAGACCCAGUCAAAGUGGUUGGGUGAAGGAUCAGGCUGUAAGUAACAGCGGUAACAAGUUUGACAGUUGGCUUUCAAUCUUUGUUCAAAAUCUAUCUGUAUUCCUCCGAGGCAGACAACUUUAGGAGGAUUUCUGGGGGGUGGUGAGUAUAGAAAUAGGCAUAAUAGACCUUGUCCUAAAACCUCCACACGAUUGUUCAAUAAUAGAAUUGACCAUUGUUGCCCAUAGAACACACACUCUAAUGAUGACCCACUCAGCUACAAGGGACAAGGAGAGACUAAAACCAAUAAGAUAAAGGAAAAUUGCUUUGUGAAAAUAUGAUGACGGAAGACCAGCUCAUUGCCAUUGGAGUUGUUAGUCAUUUUUAUGGCCUUGUUGUUUUCCCUCAAAGACAUCACUGCCAUCUCCCGUUAUUUAGUCACUGGAAUUGACUACACUAGACAAGACUACUGGCGUACUGAUUCCUAUUCAUAUAAAGAACUAUGACAGAUUAACCCAUUCUUAUAGGCCUAAUGAUUUUUUGGGUGAGCAGAUAACUGUGGAAACAAAACAGAGCUAUCAGAGUCAUUGCGAAUGAACUUGUGUCAGCGUGAUGUGGUCAAACACAUUGAACAAAUUCUUAGCUUAUCUAUGGUUGAUAAAGGCACCUUGUGAUUUCUCUGAAUUAAUGUUAUUACGUUCCAUGUCCCCAUAGAGCUUCAGAUCGUUAACAAUGAAGAGACACUUGCAGUUAUCAGUUAAAAGAUACUCAAACUUAUCUAUGUUAAAUAACAUCUCUCAAGCCACAGAGCUUGUAUUACACAAACUCACACUGCUGGAGCUGGCAGCAUGUUCCAUCAGGGAGUAUAGGAGGCUUAAUUCCAUUACUGCACCUUACGGGUGGUAAGUAACCUUUGUCACCCAGGGGUCCAUGUACAGAGAAGUCAGGGGCUAGGUUAGUAUGAUGGCCAUCCACGUGAGUGGUUUUACUAAUCCCUGGCAGGGCUAGCAAUAUGAUAAUGCCCAUGGGGCCGGGGGUGAAAGCAGUAAAAGUGAAUUAGGUAGUGUGAUAAAAGCUUGUGCAGCACUGUGUUUAAUGGAGAGACAUCCACACAGCAGAGCAGGCCAAAUCCCACAGGAGGUCCCAUCUGGACCGCUCCUCUUCUAUUGUCCUCUCCAUGUGUGGAACUAAGGAAAGGAAAGGCACCAGUGUCUCCAAUCUGCUUAAAAUAAUUUCAUGGUUUACUUUUGGAUCCCUGUUUCGAAUUAGCUGCUGUGGUAUUUUAAGGUCAUAAAAAGGUCAUUCGCAUAGAGUACUUUGGUGUACUUAAGCAUUUGGCAUUUGUACUUCUAUUCAAUCAAACCUGGUUUGCACAUUGCUGAAAUGGAACGGGUGGAGUGGAGGUGAGGGAUCACCAGUAAAGGCCACAUUCCUUUGAGUUACAUUACACACAGUUCAGUGUUCUCGCAGCCAGACAGUGGUCAAGUGGCCAGGGUUGCUAUGUGUUGAUGUAAUGGAUGUCUUAAUCUUUACGAGGGAUUUGUUUGUUCAUAUCAAUACUUUUCUUCGAAACAUGAUCUCACUCAGGCGUAGCCAUGACAACCUUUUAGCAGGGGAACCAGAGCAGCGGAUAUGGGUUGUCCCUGCCUAAUGAGCUGGUGAAAAUGUGUAGUUAAUUUUCAAACCUGAACAGAUGCUGAAACUGCGAAUUAAACAUGGCUCUUGGGACACAGCCGAAAAAAGCUUUUAUAACGCCACUAGAAAUGCCAAUGUUCCAAUAAUCUGACAUCAGAUGAUCAGGAUGUUAAGCUCAUUGUAUUUACAAUUUAUUUAUUUAUUCCUAGUCAACAAAAUGAUACUAAUUGUAGCUGUAUUGCUGCAACUGGCAAUGCUUUUGAGUUUUGAGUUGUUUGGGUGCUUUGCAUGAGAUUGUCAAAAGGCUUAUCCAUGAUUGCAUUGUGCCACAACUUAUAAAACAAAUAGGGCCAACCAUUGACACCCGGUAGCCCUGCAAACUUGGAUGUUUUGGAUGGAUUAUGACAUUUUGUCCAGAUGAACAUCCAAAAUGGCAUGUCGUAUAGAAGCACACUGCAGUUGUGUUCACAGUGAGUUUUCCCCCCAGUAUCCUAUUGUAAAUGAAUCCAUCUCCUGUGCCUAUUGAUGUUAAGUCUUGACAUGUUUUUCCAUAGGGGGUUAUGCCAGCCUAUGAGACAAAAGGAGCAGAAGAAUACACCAACGGCAGUGCUGGUCACAUGAACGGAACUGAGACAACUAGGAUACGUGAGGUGGCGUUUGAAAAAGAUCCCUCAGAGCCCAUGGUAAAUCAUUCAGAGCCCAUGGUAAAUCAUUCAGAGUCCAUGGUAAAUCAUUCAGAGUCCAUGGUAAAUCCCUCAGAGCCCAUGGUAAAUCCCUCAGAGCCCAUGGUAAAUCCCUCAGAGCCCAUGGUAAAUUCCUCAGAGCCCAUGGUAAAUCCCUCAGAGCCCAUGGUAAAUCCCUCAGAGCCCAUGGUAAAUCCCUCAGAGCCCAUGGUAAAUCAUUCAGAUGCCAAUGUCUUUCUCUAUCCUUUCCCUUCCCGUCUCUCCUCUCUAUCUCUGUGACUCACUCUGUCAUUUUGACGACAGCUUGAUGUGUGCUGGUUUAAUGUUUUUUGCCUUUAGGGUGUGACUCUGAAAUUUAAUGGAAAACAGAAGUGCACUGUGGCCAGAAUAUUACAUGGGGGCAUGAUACAUAGACAAGGUACAGAACUCAACCACAUCGACAAACAUACUGAAGUGAUUGGAAUGAAUUUGUAUUAGAACAGCAACAGUAUCCCCAUACUUGUAUGGCAAAUAGACAUUGGUUAUUUGCCUGAUAACACUUUCUGGCCAUACUGGUCUUCUGUACUGGUGCUGAUAAUUUCCUGUCCUUCUCCAGGUUCCCUACAUGAAGGGGAUGAAAUAGCAGAGAUCAAUGGAACGAGUGUGGCCAACCAAUCUGUUGACCAGCUACAAAAGAUCCUGGCAAGUCCCUACUGUCUCUAUUUUAACAAAGAAAAUAUACUGAAGAACCCUCUGCCCCUGAGAGAAUGGGUGACAUGUUGCAAUCUCACAGUCAUAGUUUUGAUAGUGUGGAGUGCAAGUAAAAUGGUUGUCAUCCUCCAUUACAGAAAGAUACCAACGGAGUAGUCACAAUGAAAAUCAUCCCCAACCAGCCACGGUUCUCUCUUGUGUGUGAGGUAAGCCAAUAAAUGACCCAUUGAAUUUGCACAUUUCCCCUUUCUGAAUGGACAUGGCUAUAAUUACUAUCUGGACUGAUUUUUUUAUUUAAUUUUUUUCACCCUUAAAUCACAUUUCAAUUGCAUGCAUAAUCAAAGAAAUGGUUACUAUUCAAGCACAGUUAUGCUCAUUGUUGGACUAGUUCUGCCAUGAUAUCCCAAAUUAUGUCAUCAGAGAAAUACUGCAGGUAUAAAUACACUACCAGUCAAAAGUUUGGACACAUACUCAUUCAAGGGUUUUUCUUUAUUUGUAAAAUGUUCUACAUUGUAGAAUAAUAGUGAACACAUCAUAACUAUGAAAUAACACAUAUGGAAUCAUGUAGUAACCAAAAAAGUGUUAAUCAAAUCAAAAUAUAUUUUAUAUUUGAGAUUCUUCAAAAUAGCCACCAUUUGCCUUGAUGACAGCUUUGCACACACUUGGCAUUCUCUCAACCAGCUUCAUGAGGUGGUCACCUGGAAUUAAAAGUUAAUUUGUGGAAUUUGUUUCCUUCUUAAUGCGUUUGAGCCAAUCAGUUGUGUUGUGACAAAGUAGGGGGGGUAUACAGAAGAUAGCCCCAUUUGGUAAAAGACCAAGUCCAUAUUAUGGCAAGAACCGCUCAAAAAAGCAAAGAGAAACAACAGUCCAUCAUUACUUCAAGACAUGAAGGUCAGUCAAUAAGGAAAAUGUCAAGAACAUUUAAAGUUUCUUCAAGUGCAGUCGCAAAAACCAUCAAUCGCUAUGAUGAAACUAGCUCUCAUGAGGACUGCCACAAGAAUGGAAGACCCAGAGUUACCUCUGCUGCAGAGGAUAAGUUCAUUAGAGUUACCAGCCUCAGAAAUUGCAGCCCAAAUAAAUGCUUCACAGAGUUCAAGUAACAGACACAUCUCAACAUCAACUGUUCAGAGGAGACUGUGUGAAUCAGGCCUUCGUGGUCGAAUUGCUGCAAAGGAACCAAUACAAAAGGACACCAAUAAGAAGAAGAGACUUGCUUGGGCCAAGAAACACGAGCAAUGGACAUUAGACUGGUAGAAAUGUGUCCUUUGUUCUGGAGUCCAAAUUUGGAGAUUUUUGGUUCCAACUGCUGUGGCUUUGUGAGACGCUGUGUGGUUGAACGGAUGAUCUCCGCAUGUGUAGUUUCCACCGUAAAGCAUGGAGGAGGAGGUGUUAUGGUGUGAGGGUGCUUUGCUGGUGACAAUGUCUGUGAUUUAUUUAGAAUUCAAGGCACACUUAACCAGCUUGGCUACCACAGCAUUCUGCAGCAAUACGCCAUCCCAUCUGGUUUGCGUUUAGUGGGACUAUCAUUUGUUUUUCAACAGGACAAUGACCCAACAUCAAGAAGGAGAGUGAUGGAGUGCUGCAUCAGAUGACCUGGCCUCCACAAUCCCCCGACCUCAACCCAAUUGAGAUGGUUUGGGAUGAGUUGGACCACAGAGAGAAGGAAAAGCAGCCAACAAGUGCUCAGCAAAUGUGAGAACUCUUUCAAAACUGUUGGAAAAGCAUUCCAGGUGAAGCUGGUUGAGAGAAUGCCAAGAGUGUGCAAAGCUGUCAUCAAGGCAAAGGGUGGCUAUUUGAAGAAUCUCAAAUAUAAAAUACAUUUUGAUUUGGUUAACACUUUUUUGGUUACUAUAUGAUUCCAUAUGUGUUAUUUCAUAGUUUUGAUGUCUUCACUAUUAUUCUACAAUGUAGAAAAUAGUAAAAAUAAAGAAAAAUCCUCAAAUGAGUAGGUGUGUCCAAACUUUUGACUAGUACUGUAUAUAUAUAUAUAUAUAUACAGUGAGGGAAAAAAGUAUUUGAGCCCCUGCUGAUUUUGUACGUUUGCCCACUGACAAAAAAAUGAUCAGUCUAUAAUUUUAACGGUAGGUUUAUUUGAACAGUGAGAGACAGAAUAACAACAAAAAAAUCCAGAAAAAUGUAUGUCAAAAAUGUUAUAAAUUGAUUUGCAUUUUAAUGAGGGAAAUAAGUAUUUGACCCCUCUGCAAAACAUGACUUAGUACUUGGUGGCAAAACCCUUGUUGGCAAUCACAGAGGUCAGACAUUUCUUGUGGUUGGCCACCAGGUUUGCACACAUCUCAGGAGGGAUUUUGUCCCACUCCUCUUUGCAGAUCAUCUCCAAGUCAUUAAGGUUUCGAACCUUCAGCUCCCUCCACAGAUUUUCUAUGGGAUUAAGGUCUGGAGACUGGCUAGUCCACUCCAGGACCUUAAUGUGCUUCUUCUUGAGCCACUCCUUUGUUGCCUUGGCCGUGUGUUUUUGGGUCAUUGUCAUGCUGGAAUACCCAUCCACGACCCAUUUUCAAUGCCCUGGCUGAGGGAAGGAGGUUCUCACCCAAGAUUUGACGGUACAUGGCCCCAUCCAUCGUCCCUUUGAUGCAGUGAAGUUGUCCUGUCCCCUUAGCAGAAAAACACCCCCAAAGCAUAAUGUUUCCACUUCCAUGUUUGACGGUGGGGAUGGUGUUCUUGGGGUCAUAGGCAGCAUUCCUCCUCCUCCAAACACGGCGAGUUGAGUUGAUGCCAAAGAGCUCCAUUUUGGUCUCAUCUGACCACAACCCUUUCACCCAGUUCUCCUCUGAAUCAUUCAGAUGUUCAUUGGCAAACUUCAGACGGGCAUGUAUAUGUGCUUUCUUGAGCAGGGGGACCUUGCGGGCGCUGCAGGAUUUCAGUCCUUCACGGCGUAGUGUGUUACCAAUUGUUUUCUUGGUGACUAUGAUCCCAGCUGCCUUGAGAUCAUUGACAAGAUCCUCCUGUGUAGUUCUGGGCUGAUUCCUCACCGUUCUCAUGAUCAUUGCAACUCCACGAGGUGAGAUCUUGCAUGGAGCCCCAGGCCGAGGGAGAUUGACAGUUCUUUUGUGUUUCUUCCAUUUGCGAAUAAUCGCACCAACUGUUGUCACCUUCUCACCAAGCUGCUUGGCGAUGGUCUUGUAGCCCAUUCCAGCCUUGUGUAGGUCUACAAUCUUGUCCCUGACAUCCUUGGAGAGCUCUUUGGUCUUGGCCAUGGUGGAGAGUUUGGAAUCUGAUUGAUUGAUUGCUUCUGUGGACAGGUGUCUUUUAUACAGGUAACAAACUGAGAUUAGGAGCACUCCCUUUAAGAGUGUGCUCCUAAUCUCAGCUCGUUACCUGUAUAAAAGACACCUGGGAGCCAGAAAUCUUUCUGAUUGAGAGGGGGUCAAAUACUUAUUUCCCUCAUUAAAAUGCAAAUCAAUUUAUAACAUUUUUGACAUGCGUUUUUCUGGAUUUUUUUGUUGUUAUUCUGUCUCUCACUGUUCAAAUAAACCUACCAUUAAAAUUAUAGACUGAUCAUUUCUUUGUCAGUGGGCAAACGGACAAAAUCAGCAGGGGAUCAAAUACUUUUUUCCCUCACUGUACAUGGAUUACAAACUGGGGCCUCCUGUAGCUCAGUUGGUAGAGCAUGGCGCUUGCAACACCAGAGUUGUGGGUUUGAUUCCCAUGGGGGGCCAGUAUGAAAAAAGUAUGAAAAAUGUAUGCACUCACUAACUGUAAGUCGCUCUGGAUAAGAGCGUCUGCUAAAUGACUAAAAUGUAAAAUGUACAUUUUGACCCCAAGAAGAAACUAUUGUAAAAAGCAACAUUAUAGCAAAAUAUUUACUAAAUUCUUAUCAAAACAUCAUUAGACAUGUAAAUAAUGUUAUCACAAAUGUACAGUUCAUUUGCAUAUGCUGUACAAAAUCAGCAGGGGAUCAAAUACUUUUUCCCCUCACUGUAUAUAUACUAUACAUAUACAGUGGGGAGAACAAGUAUUUGAUACACUGCCGAUUUUGCAGGUUUCCUACUUGUAGAGGUCUGUAAUUUUUAUCAUAGGUACACUUCAACUGUGAGAGACGGAAUCUAAAACAAAAAUCCAGAAAAUCACAUUGUAUGAUUUUUAAGUAAUUCAUUUGCAUUUUAUUGCAUGACAUAAGUAUUUGAUCACCUACCAACCAGUAAGAAUUCCGGCUCUCACAGACCUGUUCGUUUUUCUUUAAGAAGCCCUCCUGUUCUCCACUCAUUACCUGUAUUAACUGCACCUGUUUGAACUCGUUACCUGUAUAAAAGACACCUGUCCACACACUCAAUCAAACAGACUCCAACCUCUCCACAAUGGCCAAGACCAGAGAGCUGUGUAAGGACAUCAGAGAUACAAUUGUAGACCUGCACAAGGCUGGGAUGGGCUACAGGACAAUAGGCAAGCAGCUUGGUGAGAAGGCAACAACUGUUGGCGCAAUUAUUAGAAAAUGGAAGAAGUUCAAGAUGACGGUCAAUCACCCUCGGUCUGGGGCUCCAUGCAAGAUCUCACCUCGUGGGGCAUCAAUGAUCAUGAGGAAGGUGAGGGAUCAGCCCAGAACUACACGGCAGGACCUGGUCAAUGACCUGAAGAGAGCUGGGACCACAGUCUCAAAGAAAACCAUUAGUAACACACUACGCCGUCAUGGAUUAAAAUCCUGCAGCGCACGCAAGGUCCCCCUGCUCAAGCCAGCGCAUGUCCAGGCCCGUCUGAAGUUUGCCAAUGACCAUCUGGAUGAUCCAGAGGAGGAAUGGGAGAAGGUAAUGUGGUCUGAUGAGACAAAAAUAGAGCUUUUUGGUCUAAACUCCACUCGCCGUGUUUGGAGGAAGAAGAAGGAUGAGUACAACCCCAAGAACACCAUCCCAACCGUGAAGCAUGGAGGUGGAAACAUCAUUCUUUGGGGAUGCUUUUCUGCAAAGGGGACAGGACGACUGCACUGUAUUGAGGGGAGGAUGGAUGGGACCAUGUAUCGCGAGAUCUUGACCAACAACCUCCUUCCCUCAGUAAGAGCAUUGAAAAUGGGUCGUGGUUGGGUCUUCCAGCAUGACAACGACCCGAAACACACAGCCAGGGCAACUAAGGAGUGGCUCCGUAAGAAGCAUCUCAAGGUCCUGGAGUGGCCUAGCCAGUCUCCAGACCUGAACCCAAUAGAAAAUCUUUGGAGGGAGCUGAAAGUCCGUAUUGCCCAGCGACAGCCCCGAAACUUGAAGGAUCUGGAGAAGGUCUGUAUGGAGGAGUGGGCCAAAAUCCCUGCUGCAGUGUGUGCAAACCUGGUCAAGACCUACAGGAAACGUAUGAUCUCUGUAAUUGCAAACAAAGGUUUCUGUACCAAAUAUUAAGUUCUGCUUUUCUGAUGUAUCAAAUACUUAUGUCAUGCAAUAAAAUGCUAAUUAAUUACUUAAAAAAUCAUACAAUGUGAUUUUCUGGAUUUUUGUUUUAGAUUCCGUCUCUCACAGUUGAAGUGUACCUAUGAUAAAAAUUACAGACCUCUACAUGCUUUGUAAGUAGGAAAACCUGCAAAAUCGGCAGUGUAUUAAAUACUUGUUCUCCCCACUGUAUAGUACAUCCUUUAGUUUGCAAGGGGUUGACAGUCAUUACAGAGGGCCUCAGUCACUAUAGUGUCAUCUAUUCGUGCCAUUGACUCAUAACCUACUCUACUCACGUGCUAUAACAUAAUCAAAAUACUGUUCCUAUUAUUCACUACCUCCAUUGUAAUAAGACAAAUAAACUAGGUACCACAGUGUUAAGGUUAUUUUUCUAUGAUACCAUGCUUGAAACGUAACCACAUCUUUGAUACGGUACCCCCCUCUACCUCCAAUCAUGUCUUCUCCCAAAUCCUCUAUAUUAAAUAGAGUUUGUUCUUUGUCAGGCGAAUCCUCCCCUUAAGCCAAUGAAAGACACAGGUGACUAUACAACCAUUAGAUUCCACUAGUGGCCUGAUAUACAGAUCAUCACUCAUGUUAGUCUGGCGAACUGAACUGAAACACAUUGGUAGUGUUCAGCGUUUCAUUCACUCUGCCAUCUGCUGGUCACAUUAUACCAUCAUACCCCCCCAAUUUGCGGCAGUUGAUAAUGAUUGUUCUGCCUCGCAACCUAAAAUAAUUAAACAUUUCAAGAAAUUAGUUUAAUUUUUAAAUGUAAACUAAUUGAAAAACAGUGUUAUACAACACAAUGACAAACGCUUCAACCAAAGUCAUGUUUGUCAAUUCCAGAAUAAAAGAAGCAUGUCCAGGCAUUAUGAUAACUGCUCGAGUAGUGUGGUCAGUGAUGGCAGUCUAAUUUAAAGCCCAUUGAUAGAUGGUAACUAUAUAGAAAACAAUAACCUUUUGGAGCCCAAAUCCCUCCUGUGGAUGCUACUAUGUCCUCUGUAUGUUACGUCGGAGAGCAUAAUACCAUGGGAAGCAUUUGUGACCCAUUAACUGAUAGAUUACGAACUAACUCUAACAUCUAGGAUGCUGUUGAGACAGGUAAGUUUCAUCUAAGUUUCCACUGCACUAUCUCCUUAAUUUAGAGUAAUAUACGAUUCUACCAUAUGCUGGAAACUGCAGUGCUAUAAAUCAUUGCAAAGACCAUAUUAACCGCAAUACACAUAUUCCAAACAUUUUUGCCCAAUUCCCAGCAAGGAGAUCAUGUCCUCUCAGCCAUCUCUGUGUGUGCAGCUGUUGUGUGUUACUCAACAGAUGUACAUGAGGGCUCAGUUUGACUACGACCCUGCCAAGGAUGACCUCAUCCCAUGCAAAGAAGCAGGGCUGAAGUUCAAAACAGGAGACAUCAUUCAGAUCAUCAACAAGCAUGAUCCAAACUGGUGGCAAGGCCGGGUGGACAGCUCUACCGCCGACUUUGCUGGAAUCAUCCCCUCCCCAGAAGUUCAAGAAAGGUAUGAUCCGCAAAGUAGAGUAGUCCACCCACUUCUGAUUACUCAUAAAAAAGCUUUUGCCUCAAAGUUGCUCUAAAGUACUGGAAUCCCAAGUAUCAGCUGGCAUGAUCUUAAUCCUAACAAAAACAUUAGACGCUGAAAAACACACUUUGCUCUAAACCCCAAAAUAAAGAACACUUUGCUCGAAUAUAUAGCGGUAAUAUGUUAAAGUUAAAAACGUUGUAUGGAUUGUAGGUGAGAAUAGUUUUCAGUGUGAGUAACCCCUAGUCUCUCCUCUCUGCUCCAGGCGGGUGGCAAGUAAAAGCAGGGCCACAGUGGGCACCCAAUCCUGCAGCCCCUUUGGAAAGAAGAAGAAGUGUAAAGACAAGUAUCUGGCCAAGCACAGCUCUAGUAAUACUUGUGAUUUGUUUAUACCCAAUACAAUCUUGAGAACUACCUAUACUAACUACAUGUAUAAUGUAUUCUACAUUGCAUGGUAUUGUUUUAGAUCCCUAAACCACCCAUGUGUAUUAUUUUCUCCCAUGUUAGUCUUUGACCAGUUGGACGUGAUUUCUUAUGAAGAGGUUGUUCGGCUCCCUGCCUUCAGCAGAAAAACCUUGGUGCUUAUUGGUAAGCUCCCUAUGUGAUCGUCAUAAUCAAGACCUGCCUGCCAUAUUUUUUUUAAAAUCACAAUAACAGUUAGUAGAUUAACCUCCAAUGCCUUCUGUAAUCUCUCUGUGUAGGUGCACCAGGUGUAGGAAGGAGCCAUAUCAAAAGCUCGUUGCUGACCAAAUACCCAGAGAAGUUUGCCUACCCCGCACCACGUAAGUAUGACCUUUACUUCUAAUGAUCUUCUAUCUGAUUUGAAAGCAAUUUGGUUUGCCAAAUCCACCAACCUGCAUUAACUGUGGCUCGAUCCAAACAACAGACACCACCAGACCCCCACGUAAGGACGAGGAGAACGGGCAGGAGUACUUCUUUAUCUCCAACGAUGCCAUGACCAAGUGCAUCACUGGGAAUGAGCUGCUGGAGUAUGGCAGCUUCCAGGGGUUCAUGUUUGGAACCAAAAUGGAGACUAUCCAGAAGAUCCAUGAGCAAGGCAAAAUCGCCCUGCUGGAUGUGGAGCCACAGGUAGGCAUAGAACUUAAUGUACACUACACAUGACCAAAAGUAUGUGGACACCUGCUCAUUGAACAUCUCAUUCCAAAAUCAUGGGCAUUAAUUUGGAGUUGGUCCCCCCUUUGCUGCUAUAACAGCCUCCACUCGUCUGGGAAGGAUUUCCACUAGAUGUUGGAACAUUGCUGCGGGGACUUGCUUCCAUUCAGCCACAAGAGUAUUAGUGAGUUCGGGCACUGAUGUUGGGCGAUUAGGCCUGGCUCGCAGUCGGCAUUCCAAUUCAUCCCGAAGGUGUUUGAUAGGGUUGAGGUCAGGGCUCUGUGCAGGCCAGUCAAGUUCUUCCACACCGAUCUUGACAAACCAUUUCUUUGGACCUCGCUUUGUGUUCGGAGGCAUUGUCAUGCUCAAACAGGAAAGGGCCUUCCCCAAACUGUUGCUACAAGUUGGAAGCACAGAAUUGUCUAGAAUGUCAUUGUAUGCUGUAGCGUUGACUUCCCUGCACUGGAACUAAGGGGCCUAGCCCAAACCAUGAAAAACAACCCCAGACCAUUAUUCCUCCUCCACCAAACUUUACAGUUGGCACUAUUCAUUGGGGCCGGUAGCGUUCACCUGGCAUCCGCCAAACCCAGAUUUGUCCGUCAGACUGCCAGAUGGUGAAGCAGGAUUCAUCACCCCAGAGAACACGUUUCCACUGCUCCAGAGUCCAAUGGCAGCGAGCUUUACACCACUUCAACCGACGCUUGGCAUUGCACAUGGUGAUCUUAGGCUUGUGUGCAGCUGCUCGGCCAUGGAAACCCAUUUCAUGAAGCUCCCGACUAAUAGUUAUUGUGCUGACAUUGCUUCCAGUGGCAGUUUGGCACUCGGUAUUGAGGGUAACAACCGAGGACAGACGACUUUUACACGCUUCAGCACUCUGCCUACCACUUCGCGGCUGAGCCGUAGUUGCUUCUAGACGUUUCCACUUCACAAUAACAGCACUUACAGUUGACCAGGGCAGAAAUUUGACAUACUGACUUGUUGGAAAGGUGGCAUCCUAUCUGACAGUGCCAUGUUGAAAGUCAAUGAGUUGUUCAGUAAGACCAUUCUUACUGAAGUUUGCAUGGCUGUGUGCUCAAUUUAUACACCAGUCAGUAAAGGGUGUGGCUGAAAUAGUGAUAUCCACUCAUUUUAAGGGGUGUCCACAUACUUUUGUAUAUAUCGGUUUUUUUUUUUAUAUACACAAAAUACUAAUGUUGGUUAGAAUUGCAAUUCAUUUGUGUCCGAUGAAUAAUAUGGCGCUUACGUUUUCUUGUUAUCAAGACAUUGAAACUCUUGCGGACGGCAGACUUCGCGCCUCUAGUGGUGUUCAUUGCACCUACCAACUCAGCUACCCAGGUACACUACUACUCAUUCGUUAUAUCCAGGUAUUUUGGUUAUUUGAGGACCUUUCAAAAUGCAUCUCUCUCCAACCAUUUAUACCAUAUCAACCUUUCUAAUAAGUAAUGAAAUCCUGAAACUCUCAGGAGUUUGACAUCUCUGUACCUUCUCUUGUAGUCGGAAGCUGUGCAGUUGAUCCAGGAGGAGUCGGAUGCCAUCCGCACCACCUACAGACACUUCUUUGAUGUGCUGCUGGUUAACAACGACGUUGAUGAGAGUGUGAAAGGCGUGGAGGCGGCCAUAGAGCAAGCCACUUCCACCCCACAAUGGGUGCCGGUUUCCUGGGUCUAC